GUCCAAGGUAUCAGAUUUAUCUAAUUGGAGGAUUUGUUUCACAGUUGGCUUUGGUAAGAAUGUCUCCUGUUCUUCUUCUUUUUUUGCCAAUACAGGUCCAAGGUAUCAGAUUUAUCUAAUUGGAGGAUUUGUUUCACCAUUGUUUGUUAUACUAGCAGGACUGCUUACUUACAAGUUUUUCAAAGUUGACAUUGUCCUUUGGUACCGGGAUUGCUGCCCACAUUUCAAUAAAGGAAUUUCAGAUGGAAAGAUCUAUGAUGCAUAUGUGUUAUAUCCCCACAAUAUAUCAGGCUACAUAUAUUUGACUAAUACCUUUGUCUUAAAAUUAUUACCUGAAAUCCUAGAAAAACAGUGUGGCUACAAGCUCUUCAUUCUUGGAAGGGAUGAUGUACCAGGGCAAGCUGUCAUUACUAUUGUGGAUAAAGUGAUCAAGCUAAGCAGAAGAGUGAUCAUUAUUUUAAUGCCAGAUCUUUACUGCGGCACCAUGCAGAGUUCAAUCUCUGAACAGGAAAUUGCAGUCUACAGUGCUCUUAUCCAGGAGGAAACUAAAGUUAUACUGAUUGAGCUAGAGAAAAUAAAAGACUACAAGACUAUGCCAGAAUCUCUCAGAUAUCUUAAGCAAAAGCAUGGCAUACUCACAUGGAGGGGAGAUUUUACAGAAACUGAAAUGGCAACUACAAGGUUUUGGAAAAAUGUGAGAUACCAGAUGCCAGCCACCCCAAAUCCACUUUCCUCAGACUUGCAUUUUUUGCCAGUAACUUUUCACUCUUCUCAGAUAUCAGAAGGAUGAUCUCACAGCCACACUUGCAAUGUUUGCUUGAAAUCUAUUCCAGUGGACCCUUAUAGAUGUCUAAAAAGGUGCUCCUGCUAGGAGCUGUUCAGGGCUGGGAUCAACAGAAACAUAAUUUGGAUAUUCCAGAAACUUAUUUUCUGAAAGAUUAUUCAGCCAUAG